AUGCCCCUAGUUGAUCAAAUUGAAGACGGUGAAGAUACAAUAAGAAUUUUAUUGACAACAGAUAACCAUGUUGGUUAUUCAGAAAAUGAUCCAAUAAGAGGUGAUGAUAGCUGGAAAACAUUUGAAGAAAUUACAGAAAUUGCAAAAAAUUCCAAUAUAGAUAUGAUGAUUCAAGGUGGAGAUUUAUUUCACAUCAACAAACCUUCAAAAAAAUCAAUGUAUCAUGUAAUGAAAUCUUUAAGAAAUAACUGUAUGGGGGAUAAACCAUGUCAAUUAGAAUUAUUAAGUGAUCCAAAAUUUUGUUUAUCAAACGGGUUUGAUGAUGUCAAUUAUGAAGAUCCAAACUUAAAUAUUUCAGUUCCCGUUUUUGCAAUAAGUGGUAAUCAUGAUGAUGCAACUGGUGAUGGAUUGUUAUCAGCUUUAGAUGUUUUAGCAGUUUCAGGUUUAGUAAAUUAUUUUGGUAAAGUUAAAGAUACUGAAUCCAUAACCGUAAAACCUAUAUUAUUACAAAAAGGUAGAACAAAAUUAGCAUUAUAUGGAAUGUCAAAUGUAAGAGAUGAAAGAUUACAUAGAUUAUUUAGAGAUGGAGGAGUUAAAUUUGAAAGACCAAGUAUUGAUAUGAAUGAUUGGUUUAAUUUAUUUGUAAUUCAUCAAAAUCAUGCAAUGCAUACUUUUAAAUCUAGUAUACCUGAAAAUUUUUUACCUCAUUUUCUUGACUUUAUAUUAUGGGGUCAUGAACAUGAAUGUAUUCAUCAUCCUGUGCAUAAUCCAGAAACUUCAUUUGAUGUUUUACAAGCUGGUUCUUCUAUUGCAACAUCAUUAUCUGAAGGUGAAGUAGCUGAUAAAAAAGUAUUUAUCUUAAAAAUUAAAGGAAAUGAUUAUUCUAUCGAAUCUAUUGAAUUGAAAACUGUCAGACCAUUUGUUUUGAGUGAAAUAUCUUUAUCCAGGACUGAUUUAAUUCCAGGAGCUGCUUCAAAAGCUGAUGUCAUUGCUUUUUUGGUUGAUGAAGUUGAAAAAGCUAUUGAAAAAGCAAAUUUAUCAUAUAAAAGAAGUCAUCCAGAUUUAACUGAAGAUUCAGAAAUACCACUUCCACUUAUAAGACUCAGGGUUGAAUAUAGCGGUGGUUAUGAAAUAGAAAAUGUUCGAAGAUUUUCUAAUCAAUUUGUUGGUAAAAUCGCCAAUGUCAAUGACGUUGUUCAAUUUUACAAAAAGAAAACUGUAGGUACUACAGCUAUUAAAAAGACCAAGUUCCAUUACGAUGAAAAUCCAGAAGAUACACCUGAAGAAAAAAAAGAGCUCCAAUUAAGUGAUAUAAUUCAAGGAUUUCUCAAACAAGCAGAUAUGGUCUUGAUCCCACAAUUAGGAAUAGAUAAUGCAGUUCAGGGUUUUCUAAAAGAUGAUAAAUCAUCCCUUACUUCAUUUAUAAAAAAGGAAACUUCAACAGCUGCUGAAAAAUUAAAAAGUGUUGAUCUUGCUGAAGAUGAUGCUGCUGAAAAUGAUGAUUCCAAAAUGAAAAUGAAACAUUUACUAGCGCAAUUGAGAACUAGCUCAUCGGAACCACUAACUAAUGAAAGUAUCACAACAAAGCCAAAAACGAAUAGAAAACAACAAUCUCAAAAACCGGCAAAACGGUCAAAAACGAAAGUAAUUGAAAUAUUAAGUUCAAAUGAAGAAGAAGAUAAUGAUGAUGAUGAUGAUGAUGACGAAGCUAUGUUAAGCUCUGAUGAGUACAAUCCAAGAGUAGAUAGAGGAAGGGGAAGAGGAAGAGGGAGAGGGAGAAGAAGAGGAAAUUAA